GGCUGCGUCAGAGCUGUGCAAACACCGCCGCGGCGCCCGCCCCUAUUUAAGGGGCCGGAGGCUGAGUCGCCCCCUAAGUCCCUUCCCUGCCUUGGGCACACGGCGGGCAUCGCUCCCCCUCCUCGGGUCCGGCCUCGGGAAGGCGCAGCGGAAGAAGCAAUGUACAGUGGUAUAUGCAUCUGCGUGUUCCUUGCUGUGCUCUCAGCGAGCUCUUUGGGACAGCAAACUGUGGGCUCGCACAAUGGGAAUCCACUGCCUGCUGAGCUCGAGCAGAGCUUGACAGAACGUCACCGGCACAUCCGUGCCCCCUCCUCUACUGGCCCCCUGAAAUCUGUGUCACGGCUGGAUGGAAGCACUGAGCAGAGAGCUAACAUCGGCGCUUUGUUGGCCAAGUAUCUCCAGCAAGCCAGAAAAGGUCCCACCGGAAGACUCUCCGUUAUGGGAAACAGGGUACAGAGCAUUGAUCCUACACACAGGAUAAAUGACAGAGACUACAUGGGCUGGAUGGAUUUUGGACGCCGCAGUGCUGAAGAAUACGAGUAUUCCUCCUAAAGAACAGCAAACUAUAGCAACAGAAAAAAAAAUAUAAAAAAUCACACUCCCAUGUCUGUACAGAAAGAGAAAAAUUAAUUUGUUGUCCUCUUUGAAUCAGUGUUUUAAAAUGUCUCAUGUAUUUGAUGUAAAUUCGUCUGUAAGACUAUACAAUGCAAUAUAUACAUAUGCAGAAUUUUCCAGAAAAUGUUUUCUUUCUUUUGUGGUUUCUCAUACACUGAUAUUAAAAUGAUUUCACUUAUCCCUUCUUGUCCUGUCA